AUGAAGGUCGCUACCUCGGCGCUGCUCGUGGGAGCAGUAUCCGCCUCUGUGGGCCCCCAGCAGCAGGUCCUCAAGUUCCCCGACUCGUUCAGCGAGCUCAAGGAGGGCGCCUGGUCCAAGCCCCUCCACAAACUCGAGGAGAGCCUCAAGACGCUCACCGGCGAGGCCCGCGCUGUCUGGGAUGAGGUCGCCAUGAUGUUCCCCGAAUCCUUUGAGAAGGCUGCCUUCUUCUCCGAGCCCAAGCCACACACUCGCAAGCACGACAGCGAGUGGGACCACAUCAUCAAGGGCGCCGACAUCCAAAAUGUCUGGGUCGAGAACAAGAACGGCGACAAGGAGCGCGAGAUCGACGGCAAGCUCGAGAACUACAGCAUGAGGACCAAGAAGGUCGACCCCAGCGUUCUCGGCGUCGACAAGGUCAAGCAGUACAGUGGCUACCUCGAUGACGAGGAGGAGGACAAGCACCUCUUCUACUGGUUCUUCGAGUCUCGCAACGACCCCAAGAAUGACCCUGUCGUGCUUUGGCUGAAUGGCGGACCCGGCUGCUCGUCACUGACCGGCCUGUUCAUGGAGCUCGGCCCGGCUUCCAUCACCAAGGACGGCAAGAUCAAGCACAACCCCUACUCGUGGAACAGCAACGCCUCGGUCAUCUUCCUCGACCAGCCCGUCAACGUCGGAUACUCUUACUCGAGCGGCCAGGUUAGCAACACCGUCGCCGCCGGCAAAGACAUCUACGCCCUCCUCACCCUCUUCUUCAAGCAAUUCCCCGAGUACGCCGAGCAGAGCUUCCACAUCUCUGGCGAGUCCUACGCUGGCCACUACAUUCCCGUCUUCGCGUCUGAAAUUCUCUCCCACAAGAAGCGCAACAUCAACCUCCAGUCCGUCCUCAUCGGUAACGGUCUGACUGAUGGCCUCACCCAAUACGAAUACUACCGCCCCAUGGCCUGCGGUGAAGGCGGCUGGCCUGCCGUCCUUGACGAGAGCCAAUGCAAAGCCAUGGACAACGCAUACCCUCGCUGCGCCAGCUUGAUUGAGAACUGCUACAACAGCGAGUCGGUUUGGUCCUGUGUCCCUGCCUCCAUCUACUGCAACAACGCUAUGAUCGGUCCCUACCAGCGCACCGGCCAAAACGUCUACGACAUCCGCAAGCCAUGCGGCAGCAACUCUCUCUGCUACGACGAGUUGGACUGGAUACAAGCUUACCUUAACAAGAAGGAAGUCAUGAAGGCAGUUGGCGCUGAGAUUUCGUCGUACGAGUCGUGCAACUUCGACAUCAACCGCAACUUCCUGCUUCAGGGAGACUGGAUGAAACCCUUUCACCGCAUCGUCCCCGGUCUCCUCGCCGAGAUCCCCGUCCUCAUCUACGCUGGAGAUGCAGACUACAUUUGCAACUGGCUCGGUAACAAGGCCUGGACCGAGGCACUCGAGUGGCCCGGCCAGAAGGACUACAACAAGGCGGAGAUGGAGGACUUUAAGAUUGACGGCAAGGGCGAGGCGGUUGGCCAGGUCAAGUCGAGUGGAAACUUUACUUUCCUCAAGAUCCAUGCAGGUGGUCACAUGGUGCCAUAUGACCAGCCCGAGGCCAGCUUGACCAUGCUGAACAGGUGGUUGGCUGGUGACUUUUGGGCUUGA